AUGACUCCUGAUCAUAAGGAAUUCUUAUAUGCUCUUUGUGAUUUGUCUUAUGUUAGUUAUACAGCAGAUUUACUUUUUGAUGAGAUUGAAAAAAUUUUAAUUAAGAUUGGAUCUGAAAAAUUUAUUAGAGUAAUUUCUGAUAAUGCCUCAACUAUUGCUGCUGCACGUAGACAGAUUAAUCAAAAAUACCUUCCAUUAUCAAUCUUCAUUGUAUUUCAUUUAGCUAGAAGUUAUCUAAAAAAAUAUAUAGAUGAAUUGAAUAUUAGUGGAGGUGGAUUGAAAAUUUUUAUAGAAACUAGAUGGAUAUCCGUGUAUAAAACAGUUAAUUCUGUGUUUAGACUUAAACUUGCAUUAGAAAAGAUUUUAAAUGAUCAUCCUAAUGCUAUUACCAACCAAGAUAUACAAAUAAUUUUAAAGUCUCGAGAAUUUUUUCAUGACGGUGAAAAUGAUAAAAGCGAAGACUAUGAAGAUGAAAAUAAUAAAGAAUCAAAUGAUGAUUUAGUGAUUUCUAAUCAUCAAGUAGUAGUUCUUAUUAUUAAUAAUGUUGUAGAUUUGCAUCAUCAAGUAUUUAAUCAAGUAGGGGAUUUGUAUGUCUCUAAUGAAGAUAACAAUAAUUCUGAUGUUGCUAUGAAUGAAGAUUAUGAAUUUAAUUUAGAAGAAUUAAGUAACGUUGUGUGGUAA